UUUAAUUUGGUCUUUUCCUAGCUUUUUAAGUUGCAAGCCCAAUUCAUUGAUCUUCUCUUUCUCUAUUUUAUUCAAGUAAGCCUCUAAAGAUAUAAAAUUUCCCCUGAUUAACGCUUUGGCUGCAUCCCACAAAUUUUGGUAUGAUGUCUCAUCAUUGUCAUUAUCUUGGGUGAAAUUAUUGUGUCUAUAAUUUGCUGUUUCACCCAAUCAUUCUUUAAGAUGAGAUUAUUUAGUUUCCAAUGACUUUUUGAUCUACUUUCCCCUAGCUUUUUGUUGAAUGUAGUUUUUAUUGCAUUGUGAUCUGAAAAGAAAACAUUUACUAUUUCUGCCUUCCUGCAUUUAAUUUUGAAGUCUUUAUGUCCUAAUAUAUGGUCAAUUUUUGUAUAGGUUCCAUGAACUGCUGAGAAGAAAGUAUACUCCUUUCUGUCACCAUUCAGUUUUCUCCAAAGAUCUAUCAUACCUAAUUUUUCUAAUAUUAUAUUUACCUCUUUAAUUUCUUUCUUAUUUGUUCUGUGGUUUGAUUUAUCUAAUUCUGAAAGUGCAAGGUUGAGAUCUUCCACUAUUAUAGUUUUGCUGUCUAUUUCUUCUCGCAACUCUCUUAACUUCUCCUUUAGGAAGUUAGAUGCUAUACCACUUGGUGCAUGUAUAUUUAGUACUGAUAUUGCUUCAUUGUCUCCGUUAGCAAAAUAUAGUUUCCUUCCUUAUCUCUUUUAAUUAGAUCCAUUUUUGCUUUUGCUUAAUCUGAGAAAAGGAUGGCUACCCCUGCUUUUUUGACUUUACGUGAAGCAUAAUAGAUUCUGCUCCAGCUUCUUACCUUUACUCUGUAUGUAUUUCCCUGCUUUAAAUGUGUUUCCUGUAAGCAACAUAUUGUAGGAUUUUGACUUCUGAUCCAAUCUGCUAUCCACCUCCACUUUAUCGGAGAGUUCAUCCCAUUCACAUUUAUGGUUAAAAUGACUAAUUCUGUGUUUCUUGCCAUCUUAUUAUCCCCAGAUUAUGCUUUUCUUUUUCUUGAUCCUCCUUACCCCCUUUCCCAGUAUCAAACUUAUGGGCACCACUUGCGUCACGCAGCUCUCCCUCUUUAGGAUCCCUCCUAACCCCUUUGGAUCCCUUUGCCUUUCUUGUACCCUUCCCUUAUUACUCUUUUCUUUUUCCCUUUUCCUCUCCUACUUUUUAAUGAAGUGAGAGAAGUUUCUCUGUAACCUAAAUAUGUUAGUUAUUUUCUCUUUGAGCCAACUCUGAUGAGAGUAAGAUUCACACAAUGUUCCUCCCCCUCUCUAAAUUCCCUCAGAUAUGAUAGGUUUCCUUUGCCUCUUCAUGGGAUGUAGUUUCCCUCUUUUUAUCUCUUUUCCCUUUUUCUGACACUAUCCCCUUUCCAUUUCUACUUCCCUUUUUUACAUUAUAUCAAUAAAAUCAAAUUGUACAUGUACUCUUUAUGCAUAUCCAUAACAGAAAUACAAUUCUCAAGAGUUCUUUUUACCUUUUUCUGCUUCUCUUAAGUUCUAUGGUUGAAGAUCAGAUUUUUUCUUUAGUUCUGGUUUUUUUCUUAGAAACAAAUGGAAUUCAUGUGUUUUAUUAAAUGUCCAUCUUCUUCCCUGGAGGAAAAUGCUCAGCUUAUCUGGGUAGUUUAUUCUUGGCUGCAUUCCAAGUUCUUUUGCCUUUUGGAAUAUCAGAUUCCAGGCUCUUUGAUCUUUUAUUGUGGAAGCAGGUAGCUCUUGAGUGAUCCUUAUUGUGGCUCCUCAGUAUUUGAAUAGUUUUUUCUGGCUGCUUGUAAUAUUUUUUCCUUAGUCUGAUAGUCCCGAAAUUUAGCCACAAUAUUCCUUGGAGUUUUUAUUUUAGGGUCUUUUUCAGAAGAUGUUCGAUGAAUUCUUUCAAUGCCUAUUUUACCUUCGGAUUCUAUUACAUCUGGGCAGUUCUCUUUGAUGAUUUCUUGUAAAAUAGUAUCUAGGCUCUUUUUUUCAUCAUAAUUUUCAGGAAGUUCAAUAAUCCUCAGAUUAUCUCUCCUAGAUUUAUUUGCCAGGUCUGCUGUUUUUCCAGGUAGAUAUUUAGCAUUUUUUCUAAUUUUUCAUUUUUUAAAAAAAAUUUUGUUUGACUGAUUCUGAAUCAUUCAUUUCUAUUUGUUCAGUUCUGAUUUUUAAUGAAUUAUUUUCUUCAUUAGUUUUUUUUUUUUUAAACUUCUUUUUCUAUAUGUCCAAUUGAGUUUUUAUAUGAGUUGUUUUACUUUAUGGAAUUUUUUCCCAUUUCUCUAAUUUUUUUCUACUGAGUUAUUUCCUUGUUCCAAUUCACAAAUCCUACUUUAAACUUCUUGACAGCUUCUCUUUGUAUAGCCAUGGCUUAAUGCAAUGAACAGAACAGGUGCUUAAUCUAUGUUUACUGAUUGGCUGACAUUAUCCUGGGGCUGAUCACAUGGCCUAACCCCACCGCAGUGCUUGCAUGCUGGUCCCUCUGAGGAAAUCUGUGUUUCUAUUUCUGUCUCUUUCCUGCUCUUUCUCACCUAUGAACAAAUCCCAUAAUGAAGAUAACAAGGGCCUAGGGCUCCUGGUCCUGUUAUGGAAUAACCAGGAGUCUUUCCCUCCUAUAUCCCUAACCUAAGGGAAGCUGUCAGUUAUGUAAAUUAGACCAAUGAUGCUCCAAGAAUGGGCCAAAGGUUGGGCAACAGGAACCAGGAAAAGGCAGAAAGUUGAUGAAUUAGCUCUGAAUUCUUCCUGAGUAAGGCAGUGGUCUCCACUCCCAUUCACAAACUGAUAAAUGGAGACAGAGAAAAUCAAGAAAGCAGAGUCAGGUCUGCUCUAGUCAGUCCUUUGUUCUAAGAGAGGACGAUGACAUGAGGAAGGUCACAUCAUGACACGAGUGAUUUGGAUUUAAGCAAGCAAAUGCUUUUAGUCUUAAGGAAGGACUAAUAAAAGUCAUAUUAGACAGCCUGAGCCCUCUUUCUUUGGUUGUAGAUAGUUGGACUUCUCAAAAUUUGCACCAAAGACUUUCACUGGAAUCAUUGAUUUUUCAUUAGAAGGGAACUGAAAGGUGAAAAAGUCCAAAUCCCUCAUUUUUCAGAUGAAGAGACUGAGGUUCAGAGGUUCAGUGAGGUCCUCAGGAUCUCACUAACACAAGAGUCUGAAAAGGGAUUCCCAGCCACUUUUCCUGCUCCCAAGCCCACCGCAGAUCUAACAGAGAGAAAGAGACAGAAAAAGAGAUAUGGAAGGACGUAGAGAGGAAUGGGGGUUAAGAGAGAAUGAGAGACUAAAAUUUCCUUAUCUGUAAACUAGCCAGAUCCUACUUGAGCAAAGUAAUGGAUUCUUAUCAGAUCUACGGAAAAAUUUGCUAAAUGUUGUGAAAUUCCAAUACAAUAAAUUGGUUUCCUUAGAAAGAGGGAUCUCUUCUUCCAUCACAAACAUUCCCCACCAAAUAGGAUGUGUCUGAGAGGAUUUAUACAUUUGCUUUCAGUAUGAAAAUUAAUUAGAUAAUGAAUUGCAGAAUUUUACCUGGAAUAGUAUUCAUACUGUAAAUUAGAUCUUGAAUUUACUCAGUUUCAUUCAACUACAGUCUUUUUUAUUUUCUAAUUUUUAAAAACACAAAUACACCAAAGGACUAUUGUGAGCAAGGGCUGCACAAGAUCAAUGGCCUCACUUUCCCCCACAGAGCCAUCUGCAUCCAGUGGCCAGUAAUAGAUCAGGAUUACUGGAGAUGGCUCUGGAUGAGGAGGAGACCUGGGCCUUCUUAAGGUAAGGUCUCCAACAGAUCUCCUGUAACUGAGGCUGCCCCCAUCCAGUGAUUGGUCUGACAGUUCUGGAAUUUAGCCACAAUAUUUCUUGUAGUUUUGAUUUUGGGAUCUCUUUCAGUAGGUGGUCGAUGAAUUCUUUCAAUGUCUAUUUUGCCUUCUGUUACUAUAAUAUCUGGGCAGUUCUUUGAUGACUUCCUGAAAAAUAGUGUCUAGACUCUUUUUUUUUUUUUAAUCAUGAUUUUCAUGGAGUCCAAUAAUCCUUAGAUUAUUUCUCCUAGAUCUAUUUUCCAGGUCUCUUGUUUUCCCAAGUAAGUAUUUAACAUUUUUCCUAUUUUUUCUUUUUUUCUUUUUUCUUUUGGUUUUGCUUGACUGAUUCUUGGGGUCUCCUCAAGUCAUUCAUUUCCAUUUGUCAAGUCUGAUUUUUAAUGAAUUAUUUUCUUCAUUUACUUUUUUUUUAAAUUUCUUUUUGUAUUUGUCUAAAUGAGUUUUUAAAUGAGUUGUUUUUUUCCAUUUCACCAAUUUUUUUUUCAAGAAUUAUUUUCUUUUUACAAUUCACAAAUUCUGUUUUCCUUGGAAUUGUUUACCUUUUCCAAUUCACAAAUUCUCUUUUCCUGGGAGUUGGUUUCUUUAUCCAAUCUAUCUUUUAAUGGAUUAUCCUGACCCUCUUGUCUCUGUGUGUGGCUUUUUUUGUCUCUGUCUUUCUGUGUGUGUGUGUGUGUGUGUGUGUGUGUGCGCGUGUGUGUCUGUCUUUCUCUGCCUCUUUCUUUUCCCACAAAUUAUAUAAUUAUUAUUUUUCCUUUUAAAAGCAAAAUAUAACCAAUUAAAUACUUGAUACAUUUUCACAUUAUGACAACAGUCUUUAAUUUCUUAAUUUAUAAUUUCACAGCAUCCAUUUCAAAAGAGAAAUUAUUUUCUAAUGAUACAAUUUUUUGGAAUACAAGGAUUAAUGUUGAAAAAUUAUCCAUGCAUAUGUUUUGAAAAUUAAAAGGCUUGAAUAAAAAAAAUAAAUUUUAAAAAACACAAACUGAAAUGAGGAAAUAAACAAAAACACAUAAGCCAUAUAUGCUGCAGAAAGGUUUCAAUAUAAAACAAUUUCCAUUUUUAAGAAAUCUAUAAAACAAAUACUAUACAUUGUUUUCAAAGCUGCCCAGCUUUUUCUUUAACUCUUUCCUUGAUGGUUUUCUUUGUCCUCUUCCAUGCUAUUUUCAUUCACCCUCCCCAUUCAUCCUAAAGAAAGCGCCAAUUAAGUGUAAAUAUAUAUAUACAUAGCUAUCUAUACACAUGUACACAUAUGUACUCAUACGUGUAUAUGUAAAACAAUAUAUAUACAUAUAUAUACAUUAUAUGCUUAUUUCCUCCUAUCAUUUGUAUUUCUACAGGUGGAUAGCAUCUUCUUUCAUAAAUCUACAUCUUUCCAUAUUUAAAAAAAAUCUACCAGCUCAUCAUUUCCUGCACUGCAGCUAUAUUCCAAUCCAAUCUUGUAACAUCUGAGAGUGAGAGUUUUUUUUUUUUUUUUCCCAUCUUGCAUUUUUUCUUUUCUUAGCUACAUAGAUAUUAUUUAUACAGGAAAUUUUUGCAAGGGUAGGGGAUUCUGCUAAUAGGGAGUACCAAGACCACCUCGACCCCUGCUAUACAAUAAGUUUUCUGCCACAUUACAGAAAUGCCCUUGUUGAACAAGGAGCAUUGAUUUGUGAUCAUAAGAACGGGUGUAAGCUCCACAGCCAUGGCUACAUGAACAGGGAUGCCUGAACAGGGCCUCUCGCCUGUGAGCAAGCUGCUGAAAUGCUGGAUCAGCUAGAUUGGUAAAUUGGUAGAUGCCAUGCAUAAACAAAGCCCACCAGCUGCUUCUCUGAAUGGUGAUUGGGGCUCGCCUACUGUCCAUGCGCUGAUCACGCUUGCAAAAAUGUAUAUCAAUGAGGCUAUAUGGCAUAAUAAACUGGAGCUCUUUUCAUACCCUAUAAGUCUCCUUCCUCAUUCAUCUCACCUCUGAGAUCAAAGGGCUCAUAUGCCAUGAGCUCUUAAAAGAUGGCCACAAUUUUUUUUUUGCAUUCUUUUAAUAAAGUUUAAAGUCUGAUACUUCUGAAUCUACUUCUCUUACAUUCCUUUCCCAUUGUUUCUUUGAAGUUCCUGAACUUUUGCUCUUCUAAAUGAACUUUGUUAUUUUUUUUAACUCAGUAAAAUAUUAUUUUUGUAAUUUAAUUGGGAUGGCAUUGAAAGAUUAGUGUGCAUGCCUUUUGAUCCAGCAAUGCUACUACUGGGCUUAUAACCCAAAGAGAUACUAAAGGGAAAGAGAUCUGUAUGUGCCAAAAUGUUUGUGGCAGCCCUCUUUGUAGUGCCUAGAAACUGGAAAAUGAAUGGAUGCCCAUCAAAUGGAGAAUGACUGAGUAAAUUGUGGUAUAUGAAUGUUAUGGAAUAUUAUUGUUCUGUAAGAAAUGACCAGCAGGAUGAAUACAGAGAGGACUGGCGAGACUUACAUGAACUGAUGGUAAGUGAAAUAAGCAGAACCAGGAGAUCAUUAUAUACUUCAACAAUGAUACUGUAUGAGGAUAUAUUCUGAUGGAAGUGGAUUUCUUUGACAAAGAGAAGAUCUAACUCAGUUUUAAUUGAUCAAUGAUGGACAGAAGCAGCUAUACCCAAAGAAAGAACACUGGGAAAUGAAUGUAAACUGUUUGUAUUUUUGUUUUUCUUCCCGGGUUAUUUUUAUCUUCUGAAUCCAAUUCUUCCUGUGCAACAAGAGAACUGUUCGGUUCUGCACACAUAUAUUGUGUCUAGGAUAUACUGUGACAUAUUUAACAUGUAUAGGACUGCUUGCCAUCUGGGGAAGGGGGUGGAGGGAGGGAGGGAAAAAGUUGGAACAGAAGUGAGUGCAAGGGAUAAUGUAAAGAAUUUUUUUUCAAAAUAAAAAAAAAAGAAAGAUUAGUUAGGUUAAGGCUUGUCAUUUUAAAAAUUAUAUUGUAUUAUGUAUGAAUAGUAGAAAAAUAGAUAUUAAAUUAUUUAGUUCUAAUUUUUUUGGUAUGAAAAGUGUUUCAUGUUUAUAUUUCUGUAGUUGCUGUGUCUAUUUUGGCAGGUUUACACUCAGAUAUUUUAUGCCAUUUGUGUAUUUUUUUUUUUUUUUACUGUGUUAACUGGGGUUAAAUGACUUGCCUAGGAUCACAUAGCUGGGAAGUAUAGACUGUUUGAUGCUAGAUUUGAAUUUGGGUCCUCCUGACUUCAGGGAUAGUGCUCUAUCCACUAGCUGCCCGUUUGGAUAUUAUGAAUGAUCUAAAACAAUAUUCAAUAAUAUUGCUAACACAUAGUAUAAUUUCUCUAUUUUUUACUUUUGAGUAAAUCUAUUUUAUCUUUAACUUUGUCUGAGAUCAUGAUUACUAUCUCUGCCUACAAAAUUCUACUUCUACACUUUAUUUUAUCUUUGUGUGUAUCUCUCAUUUUUUAUAAUGUUUCCUGAAAGCACAGUAUUGUUUAGUUCAAAUUUUAAAAUCUGCUAUCUGCAUUUUAUGGGUCAAUUUGUCCCAUUCACAUUUUGAGUUACCAUUACUUAUUGUAUAUUUUUCUUUUUCCUAUUUUUCCUUAUUAUCCUUUUUCCCCUUUGCCUCCUCAUUUAUUGACUUUAUUUCUAACUGUUACUUUGGCCAUCUAUUCCUUAAUUUAUCAAUUUAAGAAUCCCUCCCUUAAUCUCUCUCCCUCCCGGCUCCUUAGUCUUAAUCUAUAUACUCUUCUAUGAUCCCCUUUAUCCUGAUGUCUCACUCUCUCAUUUCUUUAUAAAUUUUGAAGACUUUUAUACUCUUCCAAAUGUAUAUAUCUUUCUUUAAUCUAGAUCUUCUGUAAAUAAGGUUCAAUCACUACCAGCCUUCUUCCUCUAAUUCCUUUCUAUCAAUCAGUUCUUCUCAUUCUUCAUUUGUAUAAUUACUCUUUUUUUCUUUUCCUACACAAUUUUGCUUUUUAGGAUCACAUAAAACUAAGUUCUGGCCCUAUCUUUCUUCUGAUGUGCCUAAUUAGUAAUAACAACAGGCAUAUAGUAUACAUUUUCACAUUUAAAAAGUAAAUAGUUUGUCCUAUUGAGUCCCUUGUAGUUGUUCUGUGUUAACCUCAUAAUUAUUUUGAAUCUUUUAUGUCUAAUUUUUUUAAAAUUACACUCUUGUCUUUUUGCAACAAAAUCCUGAAAGUCUGUCAAUUUAUUAAAUUUUCUUUUUUUUUCUAUCCUCCCCUUCUCUCCCCCCCCCCCCCCCCCUCAUGACAAGGCCACUGCGUUGCUUAAGGAACAUGCUUCUGGCAGGAGGUAGUGGAUCAGGGAGAAGCUGGAGGCAGGAGGCCCUGUGAGGAGCCUCUCAGGGCUGUUCAGAGGCUAGGUCUGCAGCUAGCUCUGAUGCUUUCAGGGUACAGGAUUCUGGGAAGGUAUGUGAGCUUGUUUCUUCUCCUGUAAAAUGGGGUGGUGGGCUCAGAUAUUUUCUGGGAUUGGUGAGAUGAGGGCAGGGGCUCAGGCAGGGAGGAGAGGAAAGGGAUUGCUUCCUCAUGGGGUUUCUGGAAAGUACCUAAUGCCUGUUUUCCCCUACCGGAUCCCAGGUCUAAGGUUGGCAGGGACUUCAGAGUCCAGCUCCCCCAACCCUUUCAAUGUCUAAAUCAAGAGACUUGGGCGCCACGAAGGGCCAGUGACUUGUCCACAAUUCUGCGGGUGGUAAUCAUCAGAGGCUCCUCAGAUUUCGGACUGCCUCCUCCUGCCUGGAUGUGGCAGGGCCAGGAUCAGGCUGUGUUUGGUGCUGGGACAGAGAGUCUCUCUGAAGCCCUGGAACCUUCCAAGAGCCCAGCCCAGGACUUGGGUUGAGCUCAUUGGAACUGUCAGGAGAGAAUGCAGUCCCAGAGGAUAAAACCCCAUCACUACAGGUUAUGGACUUAUGAAAAUCGGUAGAAAGCAUCUAAUAAUAAUGUGGUCAUAUGCCUUGACAGGGCCUGUGGCCCACGGCUGCCCAAGGCCUCCUUCCUUCACUUUUCUUUAUGGUACUGCCUGAUACUCUUGGUCUUUUGUUUUUUCAAGAUGAACUUUGUAAUUAUUUCUUCUACUCUAUAACUUUUUGGCAGUUUAAUUGGUAUGGCAUCAAAUGAACAAAUUAGUUUAGAUAGAAGUAUCAUUCUUACUAUCUUGUCUUGGCCUACCAAUCAUCAUUCAGAUCUGACUAUUUGUGUGGAAAGUUUUUUGUAAUUGGGCUUAUAUAGUUCCUGAGUUUAUCUUGGCAGGUAGAUGGCUGGGGAAUUUUGUUUGUCUAUAGUUGUUUUAAAUGGAAUUUCUCUUUCUAUCUCUUCUUGUUGAACUUUGUGGGUCAUAUAUAGAAAUGCUGAUGAUUUAUGUAAGUUUAUUUUUCAACUUUAUUUCAAUUAAUUAUUUUUUAAUUGAUGUUCUGGGGUUCUCUAUAUCAUCAUAACCUCUGUAAAAAGUGAUACUUUUGUUUCCUCAUUGCCUAUUCUAAUUCCUUCGAUUUCUUUUUCUUCUCUUAUGACUAUCCCUAACAUUUCUAGUACAAUAGUGAAUAAUAGUUUUGAUAAUGGACAUCCUUGCUUCACCCAACUGUACUGGAGGCUUUUAGUGUAUACUAUUAUAGAUAAUGCUUGCUGGUGAUUUUAGACAGAAUCUAAUUAUCAUGUUCAGGAAAGUUCCAUUUAUUUCUAUGUACUUUAGCAUUUUUGAUAGGAGUAGGUGUUACAUUUUGUCAAAAGCUUUUUCUGCAUCUGUAGAUAUAAUUAUGAUUUCUGUUCAUUUUGUUAUUGAUAUAAUCAGUUUUGCUGAUAGUUUUCCUAAUUUUGAACCAAACCUGCAUUCCUAGUAUAAAUCUCUAGGCAAAACUGUUUCCUGAUGUGGAUUCUCUGAUAUAUAAUAACACAAAGAUUAUUAUUUAAUACACUUUUGUCAUUGGCCAAUCUUUGUAUAGUAACUAGGGAUUUAUUUUGUUGACUGGUUUAGGAUUGAAAACAAAAAAUUAAUUUUCUUCCCUCAGCAAGAGAACUUUUCAAUUCUCUUCCCAUUUCCUAUCUCAUACAUUUCUCAGGAAGUAUUUUUUUUAAUUAUCUUUUAACUAUAAAUAAUUUAUAGCUAGUUUUUCAGUGGAUAGAAUACUGGGUCUAAAGUCAGGAAUACCUGAGUUUAAAUCUGGCUUUAGACACUUUGUAAAUGAUCCUGAGCAAGUCACUUAACCUGUAUUUUCCUCAGUUUAUUAGUUGUAAAUUUAGUAAAUGUUUUAUAAAUAAUAUAUGGAUACUACUUAUGUGUCUUUUUUUUUUUUUUGCAACAACAUGCUAUAGCUAAAAUAUUUUGUUUUGCUUAUGGGUCUUUUCCCCUUUCUUUGGUGUUUUCAGUUUAUUAGUCUACUAGUGGUUAUCACAAAGUCAAAGGAUAUAGAGUUGAGUGACUUUGGGGGCAUAGUUCCAAAUUGUAUUACAGGAAGAUAUCUUCCAUGUUAAUGUUGUGAAUACACAUGCUAGGUUUCUGCUUUCUAAUGCAAUCUGCUACCCUCCUCAGUUUUGCACUUUCAUAUUUAGUUGUUUUAUCACAUAAUCUUGUUGCCAUGUACAAUGUUCUCUUGGUUCCACCUUGUAUGAUCUUUUUGUUUUUGCCUCCAACUUUAGAAAAAAAGUGGAAGGGAAUGUUAAAUAGUAGUUAUUGCGAGAAAUUAUUAUUAAUAACCAGUGAACUGGAGCGAUCCAGAGUUCCUCCUUUUUCCAUAGUCCACAUUUUUAAGUUCAGUCUCUAGAAGAACACUGCCGCUAAUGAAGUUGGAUUAACUUUCUUAACAAUCUUUUUCAAACCUCACCCAGAUGGAGAAACUCUUGUACUCUGCUUAAAAUGGGGAUAAAUUCUUUGAAUAGACUGCCCAAUGCUGGGGAAAACUUAAAAGUAAAUGACAUAAUCAAAGUUCAUUAGAAUAGGCCCAGCCAAUAUCCCUUGACCCAGCAGUGUCUCUACUAGGCCUGUAUCCCAAAGAAAUCAUAAAAAAGGAAACAGGACCCACAUGUGCAAAAAUCUUUGUGGCAGCCCUUUUUGUAGUGGCAAGAAACUGGAAACUGAGUAAAUGCCCAUCAAUUGGAGACUGGCUGAAUAAAUUAUGGUAUAUGAAUGCUAUGGAAUAUUAUUGUUCUAUAAGAAAUGAUCAGAAGGAUGAUUUCAGAAAUGCCUGGAGAGACUUACAGGAACUGAUGCUGAGUGAAGUGAGUGGAACCAAGAGAACAUUGUACAUGGCAACAAGAUUAUGUGAUGAUCAAUUGCGAUGGAUUUGACUCUUCUUAGCAAUGUAGUGAUCCAAGAUAAUUCCAAUAGGCUUGGGAUGUAAAGAACCAUUUACAUCAAGAGAAAGAACAAUGGAGACUAAAUGUGGAUUGGAACCAUAGUAUUUUUGUUGAUGGAAGAGGACACACCUCUUGCUAUCUCAAGGAAAUCCCUGUAAGACAUGACCUCCUGCCUCAGAGCCCAAGCCCCUUCUACCUUCUGGACCCACCCCACCAGUUGACAUGGCAUACAUGGUCCCUUUCUGGAAAUUCCUGCGUUUACCAGUGUUUGAGCUCCACCCCUUUCUCUCCCCAAUCUGGAGCCAUAUAUAACUCAUUGAAAUCUCACAUUGGAAGUUGCUGCUGCGGCUGCUGCUGAAUGCUUUAAGACAUCAACCCUGGGACCAAAAUGGAUCCUUUGGUCCCAGAAAAUCUCUCCCUCUCAGAAACCCAAAUAAAAUAUUAAAGACUCUCUAAUCUGUAUCUUGACUCAGUUUCUGUCUCUUGACUGUCCUCUACUUUACAUGCAUUCCCUGUGAUGGAAACUUAUAAGGCUCUGAAGCCCUCUGCCUCAAUUCUUGCAUUCUGGCCUUCCUAGCUAGUCACGAAAUAUAUGUUGUGGCUUUAGCCCUAUUUCUGACUCUUUCUCUUACCUUGUCAGCUAUGACGAGGGACGUUUGUGUGACCCUUUUGGGGUCUAGCACACAUACUGGAGAUCACAAAGCUUUCACCCUCCCAGAGGGUUCUGUGUUCAUAGUUGCUGAAACAAACUCUGACCAAGGGUAUCAGUGAUGGAGAAGCUCAUGGAACAAGGAAACUCUACCUCUACGGAGGUCAGGGGCGAUUCCUGUUAGUGUCUAAAGCUAAGGCCAAAGUGGCCCUAAGAAAUCAACAGCAUUUGUCAAACCCGGACAAAGUGAGGCUGCUAGAACCUGUGAACAUGCAAAGUUGUCUUCAGAGCUUCCUCCUACUGGAAAGAAGAUUCCUCCAGAAGCUUUGACCUAAAAGAGGGUGUCUGCAGAGGCUUCACCCCAGAGAAAGGCUCCUGCAACUAAGAAGAAAGUGCCUGUGGAAGCUCUGACCAAGAGGAAGGUUCCUGAGGAGACCAAGAAAUGAACAUAGUGGAGAAACAGAAGCCACAAGGAAACAAAGUCCGAGCAGCCUCCGAAGCAGCACGAGAGGCCAAAAAGCAAACGGGCCGCUUAGCAACCAGAGGGGAAGCUGCUGUGCCUGAAGCUCGAGGGGCUGAGGGAGCGAAGGAGGUGAUGAUGAGCCAAAAUCAGCUGCUCAGAACAAGGGCAUCAGGCUUUCUACGUCCCAUAAACUCCAACAUACUGAAGGAUGGACCCAAAACCAAGGGAAAGAAACCUGAGAACUCAAAAGCCUUUAAGAAAACUGGGUCAAGUCUCCAAAAUGUUCUAGUCAAGGCUGUUGGCAAAAAGGCUAAAUAAAAUGCAAAAGGUGGAUUGGCUCAACACUUUGUUCUGGGGGGAGAACUGGUGGGAGGGGAAGAACCACUUGAUUUUGAAAUAGACUUUUUCUUUUAAAGAAUGAGGAAAAAAGAACCCACUUGUGCAAAAAUGUAGCAGCUCUUUUUGUGUUAAUAAAGAAUUAGAAAACGAGGAGAUGCCCAUUCAUUGGGGAACGGCUGAACAAGUUGUGGUAUGUGAAGAUAAUGGAAUAUUACUGUUCUAUAAAAAAUGAUGAAAAAGCUGAUUUAGACAGUCCUGGAAAGAUUUAUAUGAACUGAUGCUGAGGGAAACAAGCUGAACCAGGAAUACAUAGUACGCAAUAACCGCAAUGUGCGAUGAUCAACUGUGAAAACUCGGUUCUUCUCAGUGGUUUAGUGAUCCAAACUAAUCCCAACAGACUGGACAGAAAAUGCCAUCUGUAGCCAGAAAAAGAACUAAGGAGUCUGAAUGUAAACCAGCACAUGCUAUGUUCAUUCCUUUUUUUUUUUUUCCUCUUUCAUGGUUUUUCCCCUUUGUUCUGAUUUUUCUUUCCCUACAUGAUUCAUAAAACAAUGUGCAUUAAAAUAAUUCAAUGCUUUAAAAAAUGAGACAGCGGCUUUUAAAGGGUUUUGCAGUGGUGGUGGUUGGAUUUGCGUUUUAAAAAAGGCCUAUUAGGCAUGGAAGUCUCUACCUUCCAUCUCUCUGCACGGAAGGUCACUUCCACGAAUCUGGGCAAAGAUGGGGGGUGGGGAGCGGGGAUCCAAAGGGCUACAGACAUAAAAGGGGAAGGCAAGCCUUGACCUUGAACUACUUCCAAGUAAUCUUCAGUCCUACUCAAUGCUGACAGCGGGACGGUGAGAGCUGGGAAACCCUGCUGUCUGAGGGCACUUUAGGUUACCUAAUUUCGGCUGGGCCCUCACCGAGUCAAUCCUUCCGUGCCUCACUGUCCCGUACCCCCGGCACUUCUCCAAAGUUUCCUUCUGACUUGCUCUUCAUUCACUCUCCCGGUGGAGAAGUCAGCCUCACAUUUCGCUAGGAAAAAAAAAGCCACUUACCAAGAGCUCUGUUCCAUUUAUUUCCCGCCUGGAAAUGGUGCUGGGUUGGGAGUAGGAAGAAGAGGACACACCUGCCCUACGGGGCGGACCUCGGGGCUGUGAGCCCAGCGCGCUAACAAGGUCAGACGCCUCGCAAAGAAAGGGGUGGCUCUGGGAGACGCGGGGUGCGGGAGUCCCCGGCCCCCAAAAGCUGCCCCUCAGCUUCUGGAGAGGUUGCGGACCAAAUCAAGUCCAGGCGAGCGGGCAGACCCGGUCCCUGGAACGUGACGGCAGAGCCUCCCACCUCAGCGAGCUUAGAGCGCUUCCCCACAGCCCGGGAGACCCGGACGGAACCCGGCUUUCCCAGAAGCUUGAUCACCACGAGGGAGCUCCGCCCACCCUGAACGCGCAAACCGGACGCUCGCUUCCCCGACUGUCUCCGUGGGCGCGCCUUUAGACCGGUCCGGAGCCGCUGUGCCAGAGGGCAGCUACCGGGCCGCCCCUCGGAGCCCCAAGGCUACAUUUCCCCAUAGAAGAGGGCAGGGGAGCCGGAGAGAGCCGGGCGGGCCCCCGGGCAGAGGCGGAUCCAAUAGCUCCCCCGGCCUCUCCCCAGAGCCUUCAGGCAGAGACUGAUGUGACGGCUGAGACCCAGGACUGGCAGCCGGCCGGGGCCGAGGAAGGAGCUGCGCUGCCCGAGACUGUCCGUUGCCAGGGGAGGAGCAUGGAGGGUGAGCAGGGACCGACUUCGGGCGUCCGAGCCACCAGAUCCCAGACAAAAGGAAAAAAGAAAACACGAGGAAAAGCAUCAGAACAACAAAUCGACACAAUGAGAAAGUCUGAAAACGUGAACAACAGCCAGCAGCCGUGGGCCUCCCAUCUCUGCAGAAGGGCCUCGGUGACCUUCAAGGACGUGGCUGUGGACUUUACCCAGGAGGAGUGGGGCCAACUGGACCCUUCUCAGAGGACCCUCUAUCGGGAUGUGAUGCUCGAGAACUAUGAGAACCUUGUCUCCCUGGGGCUUCCCGUAUCCAAACCUGACGUGAUCUCCCAGUUGGAGAGAGGAAAAGUACCUUGGAUGCAAGAUGGAGAAUUCCUCAGAGGCAUUUGCUCGGAUUCUUUUAUUCAAGAGACUAGGUCUGAAACCAAGGAGUCUACUCCAAAGCAAAGGAUUUAUAUAAGAGUACCAUCCCAAGGAAGACUCAAAAAAGAUGAUCCCAAGAUGGAGAAGACAUUGGAACAUGAUAACAGGUUAGAGAGAAAAAAGAGCAACCAGAAGAAACAAUCCAGACAAGUAACAAGCGCUCCAAAAAAUAUUGCCAAACAGAGGCAUUUAGUUGAAAGUAAUACAGAUGGGAGAAAGUUUACUUUAGGAUCAGUCUUUGUUCCGAAACAGAAUGUUUCUUUAGGAAAAAAUCACCAAAAUUAUGGCUCACAAGGAAACAUCAUCAAACCAAUUUCAGAUCUAGUUAAACAUAGUAAAAUCUCUAAAGGAAAGACCCUUUCUAAAUAUAAUUGUAAGAAGCCCUUCACUUAUCACUCAGAUUUUGUUCAGUUUCAUAUGGUGCAUUCUGGAGACAAACCGUGUAGUAAUGAAUGUGAGAAAGCCUUCAGUAAGAGCUCACGUCUCGCUGAAGACGAAAGAAUUCAUCCUGGAAAGAAAAAUGAAUGUAAGAAAGAGUUAAGCCAUAGUGAAAGCCUGUCUCAAAAUAAGAAGGCUAAUAUUGGAGAGAAACCCUUUAAAUGUCAUUAUUGUGGGAAGGCCUUUAACAACAACUCAAGUCUGGUCCUCCACCUAAGAAUUCAUACUGGUGAGAAACCCUUUGAGUGUAAUGUAUGUGGCAAGGCCUUCAGCCAGAGGGGAAACCUCAAUGAACAUAAGAAAAUUCAUACUGGAGAGAAACCCUUCAAAUGUAAUGAAUGUGGCAAAGCCUUCAGCAGCAAUUCUAGCCUUACUCUGCAUCAAAGAGUUCACACUGGAGAAAAACCUUUUAAGUGUAGUGAAUGUGGAAAAGCCUUCAGCCAGAGAGGAAACCUCAAUGAACAUAAGAGAACUCAUACUGGAGAAAAACCUUUUGAGUGUAAUGAAUGUGGGAAAGCAUUCAGCCAAAGGGGACAUCUUACUGAACAUCAGAGAAUUCAUUCUGGAGAGAAACACUUUGAAUGCAGUGAAUGUGGAAAAGCUUUCAACCACAGAGUAUCCCUUAUUGAUCAUCAGAGAAUUCAUACAGGAGAGAAACCCUUUGAGUGUAAUGAAUGUGGGAAAGCUUUCAACCAGAGAGGACACCUUAAUGAACACAAAAGAAUUCAUACAGGCGAGAAACCUUUUGAAUGUAAUGAAUGUGGGAAAGCCUUCAUCCAUAAGGGAAGCCUUACUGAGCACCAGAGAAUUCAUGCUGGAGAGAAACCCCUUGAAUGUAAUGAAUGUGGCAAAACCUUCAGCCACCGGACUUCCCUCUAUUCUCAUCUAAGAAUUCAUACUGGAGAGAAACCCUUUGAAUGUAAUGACUGUGGGAAAGCUUUCAGCCAUAAUGCAUCUCUUAUUUAUCAUCAGAGAAUUCAUACUGGAGAGAAGCCUUUUGAAUGUAAUGAGUGUGGGAAAACCUUCAGCCAUAGAAGAUCCCUUCUCCAUCACCAGAGAGUUCACACUGGAGAGAAACCUUUUCAAUGUAAUGAAUGUGGGAAAGCCUUCAGCCAGCGAGGGAACCUUUUUUACCAUCAGAGAAUUCAUACUGGAGAGAAACCCUUUGAAUGUAAUGAAUGUGGAAAAGCUUUCAGUCAUAGUACAUCUCUUAUUUAUCAUCAUCGAGUUCAUACUGGUGAGAAACCCUUUGAGUGUAAUGAAUGUGGAAAAGCCUUCAGCCAGAGGGGGCAACUUAAUAAGCAUCAGAGAAUUCACACUGGAGAGAAACCUUGUAAAUGUAAUGAAUGUGGAAAAACUUUCAGUCAGACAGGACACCUUCUUAGACAUCAGAGAGUUCAUACUGGAGAGAAACCCUUUGCUUGUAAUAAAUGUGGUAAGUCUUUCAGCCAGAGAGGAAGCCUUGUUCUGCACCAGAGAAUUCAUACUAGAGAGAAACCCUUUCAAUGUAGUGUGUGUUCAAAAGCCUUCAGUCAUAGGACAUCCCUUAUUUGUCAUCAGAGAGUUCACAAUGGAAAAUAAGCCAAUGAAUAUAAUGAAUUGGAAACUCCUUCAGUUUUGAUCAUCCAUGAUGACCACCAUAACUAUCUUAUGGUGGACAGAAAUUCCUCAGAACCAAUUAAUUGGGUAAAUCUUAACUACAGGGGACACCUUACUAAAUAUCAGAAAAUUCACAGUAAUGGGAAACCCAUAAGUGUGAUGCCUGUGAGAACACCUUCAGCAUUAGCUGAAACCUGCAAAUACCCAGAGAAUUCAUAUUGAAGAACCUCCUUAUAAAAGUCAUGAUAGACAAAAACCUUUGUAGUUCAUGCUGUAUUAGAUAUCAGAGGCAUUAUGUUGGAGAUUAACAAUUAAUGAUAGGGAUGAAAUGUUUUGGGGAAGGCUUCAUGAAGAUCUGCCACUUGUCAAAUACUAUAUAGUUAAGCUGGGAAACUUCCCCACCAAUUACACUAUUGUUUGCUGCUUUAAGAGAAAAAGCAUACCCUCCUUUAUCAACCUUCCUGUAAUACACGUCAGUUGCCUUUAAUAACAAGUUCUGUAAUAAGUAUGCUCAAGUAUGAUCUGAAAAGGCAUUUGUGUAACUUAAGGUUACCAAAAAAUGCUUAGUAAAACCACUGAAGUAUUACAUUUAUUUAGUUGCAAGGAACUCUAUUCUCCCCAUAUUUUUUCCUCUAAAAAAUUUAAACUCCCUAUCCAGCAACAAUCCAGUUGCACAAGCAAGCAUAAAACAUUAUUGUACAUGAAACUAUAGAUCCCAUUUUUUGCUUUUUAAGUAAAAAUUUACAUUCACUUCAGCAGGUCAGCAUGGAAUAAUGGGUGGUGGACUCUCUGCCAUUUAUACCGUUGUUACUUUAUCCUUCUCUGUAUAAAGAGUAAUUGCCUAGGAGUUAAAUAUUAACAGCUCUUUCUAUUGAGGUUGCCAAAAGUCUUCUAGUCACCCAAGUUUGCAUCCUUGGAGUCACCUUUUCUUCUCCAGCCUCUUAACCUAUAUGUUAUUGACUCUUGUAGUUUCCAGUUCCACAGUUUGUUUUAAAUCUGUCCACUUCUUUCCGUUCUUAGUUUGGAUCCUUAUCCCCUCUCACAUGGACUACUGUAGUAGUUUCUUGAUUGCUCUCUCUGUCUCUUCUCUUCUUGAACAGUUUUAUCCAAGUGGUGAAAUCACCAAACCAGGUUGCAAGUAUUUGAGGAGCAGGAUUUGAAGACCUUUAGAUGAUUUUUUUCUAUCUUGAAGUAAUGGAAGAGUCAAAGGGGAUUUUUUUUUAAGCUAUUGAUACAAGCAAAGUAUAUAUAAUCAGAUCUUCUGAACAGGACAGGUUAUGGUAUAAUAUAGGUGGCUUGAGGAUAAAAAGCUGACUCUGAAGGAAGUAAAUUUUUUUAAAGACUAUUAACAUGUGAGAUUGUUUCCUCCCCCCCCCCCAUAUCUCUGUUUUUCCUUAGCAAUUAGUUAAUCUCAUUUAAUGUAUUUGUUGUAAUCUGUCAUUGCUAUGGCCACAAGAGAAAUUCCUGUCUCCUACCCAACCAACCCUUGCUGAAAGUCCAAAAGAAAAUUUGAUAAAAGGGAGAAGGGUACAAAAAGUGUAAAGCCAUUUCCAAAGCUCGUUCAUGUAAAACAUAGUUCUAUUGAAUCUACAUACCCUGAAUUAGUUGACAAUCAUGUAUGAGUCAGCCCCAGUCACUGGAGACCAGUUUUUGGCAUCCUCUCAGAAAUGCUCUAGGGUGAAUGGCUAGUUCCAGGAGAGGUCCUCUGAAAUCUCAUCAAGUGGAUGAAUUCUCAAAUUGAGCAAAAGUUCUUUUGAUCACCUCUACUACAAAAAAUAUAUAUAUAUAUCUCGUGGUUAAAAACUGUUUCUACUCUGUUUUCUUCUGUUCAUUUUAAAUCAUCCAGGAAUGCUGUUUUGUCGGACUCUUCUAGAACAUAUUCAUAUAGUGUCAAUUUUUUUUUUGUUGAUAUGCUGUAAUAUGUUGAUAAUAUGCCUAUGUGUACCAACAUUUCAUUCAUGCAAUAAACCCUGCUUAGUGAUUAGGAUGUAAAUUUCUCAAGGGCAUGGUCUUUUUUUUUUUUUUUAAUCCCCAAUACUUAGCACAGUAUCUGGCAUUUAGUGCUAAUCAUUGAUUAAAUAAUGCUUGUUGAUUAAUGUUGAAUAAUUUUGUUCCCAUAUUUGGAAACUGAUGUCGAGUAUUUCUGCAUGUAUAUUAAAUAGAAAAUAUCUUAAAAUUUUAUUUUCUAGCAUCAUCUUGCUGAAUCAGCUUGCCCAUUUAAACAAUGCAAAUCAGAAUUUUAAAGGGCAUUAUUAUUCAUUGAACUCAAUAAGAGAAUAGUGAAUUUUACCUGUGAAAGCCUUCUGAGUUUCAGAUGGCCAGCGAGGGACUACCCUUGCUUCCUACACCAAGUUGCCUGAUGAUCAUUUGGCUCCCUUGGCAAUCUUGUAUCUUGUGAUGGGGCCACUGCUGUUUGUGUCUUUUGGCUCCAGGGCCUCAAAACCCCUGCCAGGCUUUUGGAGCUCAUUAAGCAGACAGGAAGUGGCUACAGGAUACCUGCAUGCUCUGAAGUAGAUCCCCAAGCCCACAAUUUGGUGUGUCCGGAAGUGAGGUCCCCUAUUUUCUUGAGGGACAUUGCAGCUGGCAGAGGACAAGGCUCUCCCUGGUCAGCCCCUCCUUAGACUGUGAGCUCCCUGAGAGCAGGAACUCUUUGGUUUCCUCUCAUCCCUAGUGCUGACCACAUGGCCCGGCUCGCACUAGUUGCUUCAUAAAUACUUACUGACUCAUCAAUAGGAAUAAACUAUCUUGUAUCCAA